AUGGUGUCGCGAACAUCCUCGCUGGCCAAUGACAUGCUGACACGUGGCAUGCCUGUACUGGCCUUCCUGGACACCCACGAGGCAGACAAGCCAGAGCCACCGUAUCCCCCGCACUGCGUGCGAGGCACGGGGGAGGAGAAGUUGGUAGAGGCUCUGGCGUGGCUUGAGAAGGAAGCGAGCAGGGGAGGAGAAGCCGCUGCAGCAGCAGCUGAUGCUGAUGCUCGUGUGACCAGAGGCAGUGUGACUCUAAUGGAGAAGGACUGUAUUAACGGGUUUGUGGGCGGCAUGCAACCGGAUGGGACAAACAUUGUGACGCAAUGGGUGAUCAAGCACCAACUAGAACAUAUUAUCGUGGUUGGCAUCUGCACAGACAUUUGCGUCAUGGAUUUCGUGCUGACCGCACUGUCUGCCCGAAACCACGGGUUGUUUGGGCAGCAGCUAAAGGAAAUUGUGGUAGUUGCUCCUGCCUGCUCCACAUACAACCUGCCCCGGCCCGUUGCUGAGAGCCUUGGGAGGGGCGCCACUGCAUCGCAUCCUCAGGAUGCCACCCAUCACUUGGGUCUAUAUUUCAUGCAUUCUCGAGUCCGUCUUGGCUGUACAGCCCUUGCUCAAAUUCCUCCGCUGACCUGGCCUGGCUGGCUGACGCGGCUCUGUUCUCCUGGUGCUGACGUGGCAGCGGCUGCAGGAGCGGAAGAUGAGCCAAUCAUAGUGCCGGAGAUGAUUGAGGGCGCGGAGGUGGUGCCCAAGGGGCCGGACGCGGAAGACGCGGCGCUGCUGGACCGACUAACAGAGAUUGGAACCACUCUUAGCGAGCAGAUGGAGAAAGGGUGA